AUGGACUACGAAGGAGAUGUGCUUGGCUACUGGGGUCGAAAUGUCAUCGAAGAUUAUGAUGAUGUUCUCCUCAAAAAGCUUCCUGUACACUUCGGGGCUGGUCCUCAACAGGCCUUGCAAUUACCGCUCUCCGAGGAUGGCUAUCACGAGACAAACCACCCGGUUGGAAUUUUAGGCGCAGGAGUUGGCGGUCUAUAUACCGCCCUCAUGUUAGAUUUGCUGGACAUCAAGUACGAGAUCUUGGAGGCGUCGGACCGCAUCGGCGGCCGCCUCUUCACCUACAGCUUCCCGAAUGGUAAUGAUUACGACUACUACGAUGUUGGCGCCAUGAGGUUCCCCCUGCCGCAGAAGGACUCUGAAGGCAAUUACAAGCCUGGGGUCAUGAGGCGCUUGGGCGAGUUAAUCAACUACUCAAAGUUCAGCGACUCUAGGAGGCUCGCUGUACCUCUAAAGGAUAAACUUAUCGAUUACUACUUCACGGCAAAGGAAGGAGGAUCUUUCCUCUACUUCAACAAUGAAAGAUACCAGACGCCCCAUCCUGACGUCCGUGAUCUAACAUCCCCUCCUGAUUUCCGCGCCCAGGAAAUGGGUGUAGAGUCUGAAUUUGUUGCUGUGGGAGUUGAGAAGAUCGUUGGAGACGUCAUCGAGCCAUUCGCCCGCAUGCUCACGGGGGACUUAGAGCAGCAUGUCCGUAGGGGUUGGGACGUCAUGAUGAAGAACGAUGCAUACUCGCUUCGUGCAUACAUGUCGUUCAAGUACAUUCCUAGCGUCAGUCUCGAACUCCCGCCUAUGCAUCUUGCCACCAACGUUAUCAAUUGGUGCGAGACAUUUGACAAGAGCACCGGCUGGUAUGACCGCGGGUUGACUGAAAAUGUUCUCGAAGCGCUUGCAUUCGCCAAGGUUGGGUCGCAGAACUUUGGAGACGUAGAAUGGAAGUGUUUCGAUGGCGGUUCUCAAGUGCUCAUCGACUACAUGAGGAAAUAUAUUACUACUAAUGGCGACAACCAUAUCAUCAAGCUCAACAAAAGGGUCACGAGAGUCUCCGAGGGUGAAGGCACCGACUCGGACACCAUGAAGGUGUCUGUGCAGGGCGAAUACAGCCCGCGCACAUAUUCGCACGUUAUAUUCACUAUCCCUCUGCCGGUCCUGCGGACCAUUGAUCUCUCCGGUGCUGGUUUAAACGUGAUGCAGAAAAAUUCUCUGCGCAAGUUGCAAUACGGUCCUUCAAUCAAGGUUGGGGUCCGCUUCAAAUCAGCGUGGUGGACGGAAUGGUUCCAUAUCGUAGGAGGUCAAUCGUUCACCGACCUUCCCAUCCGAACUAUUGUCUACCCCUCUUAUGGAGUUGAAUCUAGCUCGCCGUCCACAGUCCUGAUCGCAAGCUACUGUUGGACAAAUGACGCUGAACGCUUGGGAUCGCUCAUCAACACCGGUAAAACAGAGUAUAAUGAGCAACUGAAGGAACUCGUGCUGCGCAAUCUCGCAGAAGUACACGGUGUCCAUUAUGAUAAAAUGUCAGAUCAGUACGUGGACAUGCAUGCAUGGGACUGGAAUCACAACCCGCUCACCAUGGGUGCCUUUGCAUUCUUCGGACCCGGAGAUUUCAAGGAUUUGUACACGGCUCUCACUGUACCAAAUCAUAACAAGAGGUUACAUUUCGCUGGAGAGGCCAUCAGUACCCGUCAUGCGUGGGUCGUCGGGGCGUUGGACAGCGCAUGGCGCGCGGUGUACGAAUACCUGCUCGCUUCGAAGAAGCAUCCUCAAAGCACUAUUGAGAAAUUCUUCAAGCUUUGGGGCACGAACAUUGAGUGGGUAGACCGCCCAUCCGAAUAUGCCGGUCAAGGUCACGGGCAGGGUCCAGAGGGUCCAAACAGCCUGUUACGAGACCACAUGGCAUACACAUAUGCCGGUGAAACAUCUGGGGAGGUUAAAUUCUAA